AUGUCAUCUAAACGAAAGUCGCCACCGUCGAAAUUGCAAGAAGGUGCCACCGACGUGAACAAGCCGGAACCUGGACCAGCCAACCUCGACUUCUCCGACCACCACGACACGGACGAGGACCAGAACUAUUACAAGUUUUCGCCCAGCUCCUCGCCACGAACGUCCAUCAGCGAAGAAGAAUCCAACAACUACGAAGACGAGAACCCGAGCAAGAAGCAAAGAUUCGAAUCUUUAGACAUGACAAAUAAUCUUCUAGUCCCUUCUUCGUUUCUAAGUCUGCACCAAGUCAGCGACCUCCAGGCGAGAAGGCGAGGCUCCUCAGAAUGCAGUAGCCCUGGUGCUGAAGCUAAAGUCAUAGGUCUUUGUAAUAAUAACAAUUCACUGCUGAACCACAAUAGUGCGCUUGCGCUAGGGCCACCGCACAAGCGGUCUAUGGAUGACGUUCUGAAGAGGCUGACGUCCAAAAUGAAUAACAGCACGAUCAAAGAAGAGAAGAGACCGACGCCGUCUACUACGCCUGUUAAGCAGAACAAUGACCGAAGAGGCGUAUUAGACGCGGCAGCAAUUCAGGCUUUGGCAGGAGAAAGUGUACUGGAGAAGGAACGGCAGCUAUCCGAGAUGAUUCUUCAACUCCAAAUGGUACGGGAGCAGUUGUUAGCGCAACAAGAACAUUCAAAGAAUAUCGGAAAUGUGUCAGCUGAGCUCGAGUUGCAGCGGUUGCAGCAAGAACACCUCCGCCGUCAGGAAAUGGUGCGACGGGGUCAUUUGUACCCCGCUCCACCCCUUGGUCUGCUUCCGUUGCUGGAGCAAAUGCGGCCACAACCACCCCAUUCGAAUGUGGUCCCUUCAAAUCCAUGGCCGCCAGCCCAGAUGCCCCAGAUGGCCAGAUCUCCACCACCCCAGGACCCUGAUGCGCCCCUGAACCUGAGCAAACAGCGGUCUCCAUCCCCAGGACCUAUGAUGAUGCCCCGUUUCGUCCCUUACCCACCGAUGGACGAGAGCUCACCUUAUAUGAAAAAGGACGACGAAUACAACUCUGCUUGCAAUACAUCUGCAUGGGGCCAAACUCCACCAGAAGAAGCUGAGAAGGCAAAAUUAAUCCGGCAACCGAAACGCGACGAAGCCGGGAAGCCUCACAUCAAAAGACCUAUGAACGCUUUCAUGGUUUGGGCGAAGGAUGAGCGUCGUAAGAUUCUCAAGGCCUGCCCGGAUAUGCAUAACUCGAAUAUAUCGAAAAUCCUGGGCGCCAGGUGGAAAGCCAUGUCUAAUGCUGAAAAGCAACCCUACUAUGAGGAGCAGUCAAGAUUGUCCAAACUGCAUAUGGAAAAACAUCCAGACUAUAGGUACCGACCAAGACCAAAACGAACUUGUAUAGUCGAUGGUAAGAAGAUGAGGAUAUCGGAAUAUAAGAACCUAAUGCGCACACGCCGGCAGGAGAUGAGACAGCUCUGGUGUCGGGAUGGUGGCAGUGAGCUCGGCUUCUUGCCGUCUCUGUCAUCCCCAGGGCCCUCAAAUUCAUCCCCGCCUCCCAAUGGUGGCAACUACAUGAACCCAGGAUUUUCUCCUCCGCUGUCACCGCGAGAGGAUGAUUGA